CACUUACCCAUCUGCUGAGUCAGUUGACUACCUCAAAUGAUUGGGUGAGACUUUAUAGGCUAAAUCUUCCACUACAAUCCGAACCAUGAGUGUGUCUGUACUGUACCUGAAAGCAGACAAGCCCGCCACUUGCACAAGGGCGGUGAUGAUAUAAUGGACUGGAGACAGGAAGAAGGGAGUCAAUCAAAUGAAUCAAGGUAGUCCAAGCAGUGACUGGAUGGACCUUUCCGCACUUCAUGCGUGCCUCUCACACUAACUAGCGUCUCUUUGUUCUCACGACUCGAUGCUUUUGGUUGAGCUUCAAAUCAGCACUGUUCCAUUCUCCACUCUUCCGACACAUCUAUCCCCCUCUUCUCCUGCUGGCCGUGAUCGCGAACUGAGAACAAAACAAGAGAUUAACUGAAACAUUCAAAACAAAACUCAGAAUCGCUCUUUAAGAUCCCUCCUCCUGGCCCAAAGCUUAGGUCUCCGGCAAGAAUGGCACUGACAUCGUCCCUGGCGGAGGACGCGACGUCCCAAGGUGUCAGUGCUCGGUACAUCCCGAAUCAUGAGUACAGCCUGGGAACUCGCAGGCAGAAGACCGACCAGCCCAUGGUGUCUUAUGAGGAAUUCGAUGUUGAAGCCCAUGCACCCGUCAACGCCGAGAACCAUGCCUUCCAGGAGGGCGAAUUCGUGCCUGACGGCUUCUUCAACCGAGUCGGUCCUUUGUGCUUCACCAUCCCACCUCCAAUGUUUCAGUGGUCCUACGAGAUGCGCCGGCAAGCCCAGCCUUUGUUACCAUUUCUCUACCUGGGUCCCUGGGGCUGCCUCGCCGACCGCGGCCGACUCGUCCAGGAAGGAAUUACGCUUAUCUUAGCCGUGCGGGACAAGCGACUCGCCAUGGCCAGCCUGAUCAGCGGCAGGCGGGCAGCGGAAGCUCUGCAGAUUGAAGACGGUACCGUUGACUUCGCAGAUAACCAAGAACUUAUCACGAUGCUGCCUCAACUCAUCAACCACAUCAACGCUCAUGUCGCUUCGUUUCCCACCACUGAGCCGAGCGACCAUGCCCGGAAGAAGGUCCUGCUCUUUUGCGAGACGGGGAAUGGUCCGUCAGCGGUGGUUGCGAUUGCGUAUCUGAUGGUGAUGCUCAACAUCAGUCUGCCGCAGGCACUGCAGUAUGUCUCCGCGCGCCGGUUCUGUAUCGACAUCGAUGAUCCGGCGUCCCAGCUGUUGUUGUCUUUCGAGAGCAUCCUCGAUGCCAAGCGGGUUGUCGAGGAAGCUAGACGGGCGAGCGAGGCAAAGAAUACUCCGGUCAGGGGUGGGUGUAGAAAACGGGAUGCCGCUGAAUUCGAUAUGGUUGAAGAGGAUGGUCAUGCUAUGGGCUUGGAAGCGGGGGAGGCGGCGGAUGAGAACAGACGACCCCUGGCUCCCUUCGAGGAUCGGUCAGGAUGACAUACAUGGAUGGAUGUGUUUUGCGGGCAGAAGAUAAGAUAUCAGAAGAUGAUGUCAAAAGAUGUCUUGGCUGAAUGAGAACGUUUCCCCGAAAUCUCGCUAGUAUUUGUGUGUGAGAUAAUUUCUGUAUGAGUACAAUCUUGCAGCUUGCCUCUUUGUUACAUGACCUGAGAAACACCUAGAAAGGAAAUAAUGAUGUCUAUGUGGCUUGAUGGCUGGAG